AUGCUGAUGCUGCUGAUGAUAAUGAUGGUGAUAGUGUCGACGGCGCCUUCGCCGCCCGCGCCGCUGCUGCCGCCUCCGGCGUGGCUGGUGGUGGUGGUGGUGGCGGCCGUGCUGCUGCUGUGCGCCGCCGCCGGCGUCGCCGUGGCCAGAGCCCGCGGCUGCCGGCUGCGGGGGCGGCGCCGCGGCGCCCAGGGCGACAGCACCGGCAGCAGCUCCCCAAGCGGCAAGACCCCGCCCCCCAUCCAGGAGGACAACCCCGACGUCGUGCCGCCCCGCAAAGACGAGACGGAGCUGCCGGGGCAGGCAUACAAGGCGCUGCAGCAGUACAACAUCGUGGUGGAGGCGCGCCCUGUCAACGUGGACUCCUCGGCGCAAACCGUCCUCUACAGCGCCGUCAACACCUUCCCCAUGACGGAGGCGGUUGUGCUGGCGCCGUGCUGGCCGUCCCCCGGCUCCUCUGACGCGUCGGCGCCGCUGCUGGCGCCCGCGACAGCCACAGCCGCCCCCGGCGGGCCGCCCCCCGGCGCCGCCCCCCUGGGCUCUGCGGCGGCCUCCCCGCGGCUGCAGGACGCCGAGACCCAGACGGCGGCGCCCCUGCUGCCGCUGCCGCUGCCACUGCCCCUGCCGCUGGCGACGGCUGCAGCCGCCCCCGCGCCUGCCCCUGGCACCGCCGCCGCUGUUGCCGCUGCCGCCUUGGGCCAGCAGCACAAGGAGAGCACCGUGUAG